AAUAAUUGAAUCCUUCUUAUUAAUCAAUCACCACUCCCCUCCACUCCAUGACACUAUCAUCCUCACUUUCUUGGAAAUCUAAAUAACAUGAAACUUUUCAAUUAAUAUUACCAUUAUAAUCAUAUCAUCAAGCUUUUUGUUUGCAGAAAUGGAAGCCCAUAUGUUCAUAUUUCUUGCUAUCCUCCUUCCUCUUGUUUCCAGCGACGAAAUUUCGUCACUAAUGUCUAUCAAAUCCGCCAUUGUUGAUUCUUUAAACUAUUUGAAUGACUGGAACACGACGUCGUCUGUGUCACAUUGCAACUGGAGAGGUGUUACAUGCAAUGAACAUGGGUUUGUUGAAAAGCUUGAUCUAUCAAACAUGAAUCUCACCGGAAAUAUCUCCGACGACUUUCAAAACUUGUAUCAUCUUUCCUUUCUAAACAUUUCGUCCAACGGGUUUUCGUCUACGCUGCCGAAGUCGUUUGCGAAUCUGACGUCAAUCGAAACGAUUGACGUCAGUCAAAACGAGUUCGUCGGGGAGUUCCCGGCGGGGUUUGGAACGGGAGCUACCCGGCUGAAGUCUGUUAAUGCUUCCAGCAACAAUUUCGCCGGGUACCUUCCGGAGUCCCUCGGAAGUGCCACGUCACUCGAGACGAUUGAUUUCCGAGGGAGUUUCUUUGUGGGAUCAAUCCCGAAGAGUUUCAAGAACCUUCAAAGUUUAAAGUUUCUUGGACUCUCCGGGAACAAUCUCACUGGACCGAUCCCAUCAGAGAUCGGUCAGCUUUUGUCUCUAGAGGUUAUGAUCAUUGGUUACAAUGAGUUCGAAGGCCCAAUCCCAAAAGAGAUUGGGAACCUCAAAAAUCUAGAGUAUCUAGAUUUGGCCGUCGGGACACUCAGUGGAAGUAUCCCGACGGAACUGGGUGAGUUAAAAAAACUCAGCACAAUUUACAUUUACCAGAACAGUUUUGAUGGAGAGAUUCCCGCCGAAAUCGGGAAUCUCUCCUCGCUGGUUUAUUUGGAUCUCUCAGAUAACCAGUUUACCGGAGAGAUCCCGAAACAAAUAGGCAACUUGAAGAGCUUAAAGCUACUAAAUCUGAUGUGCAAUCAGCUCAACGGUUCGAUUCCGACUACCAUCGGCGAGUUACCAGAUUUGGAAAUACUUGAAUUAUGGAAGAAUUCAUUGACAGGAUCCUUACCAGCCAAUCUUGGAAUGAAUUCGCCGUUACAGUGGUUGGAUGUUUCUUCAAACUCAUUAUCCGGCGAGAUUCCGGCGGGGUUGUGUGAUUCCGGCAAUCUCACUAAACUCAUUCUGUUCAACAAUUCGUUUUCGGGUUCUAUCCCCAUUGGUCUUUCAACUUGUUCUUCAUUAGUUCGAGUUCGUUUGCAGAAUAACCGAAUUUCGGGUCAAAUUCCGGGUGGGCUUGGAAGCUUGCCGGAUCUGCAACGGUUAGAAUUGUCACAUAACAAUUUAAGUGGCAAAAUUCCUCAUGAUCUCACUUUAUCGAGUUCGCUUUCGUUCAUUGAUGUUUCUUCGAAUCAUCUUGUUUCAAAUCUGCCGUUUGAUAUAUUUUCAAUGCCAAAUCUGCAAACAUUAGUUGUUUCGGACAACGAUUUAUCCGGCGAUAUCCCGACUCGGUUUCAGGAUUCGCCGGCGUUAUCGGUGCUAGAUUUAUCGUUCAAUAGUUUCUCCGGUGAACUACCGGAGAGCAUAGCUUCAUGCCAGAAGCUUGUGAAUUUGAAUCUAAGUCACAAUCAGUUGACGGGAGAAAUCCCGAAAUCCGUAGCAAGAAUGUCGAUGUUAUCGGUUCUUGAUCUGUCGAAUAACUCAUUCGUUGGAAAGAUUCCGGACAGUUUCGGAAGCUCACCGGCUUUAGAAACGGUCAAUCUUUCGUACAACAAGUUAGAAGGACCGGUCCCGGAUAAUGGGAUGUUACGGACGAUAAACGCAAAUGAUUUAGUCGGAAAUGAUGGGCUAUGCGGGGGCGUGCUCAAGCCGUGUUCAAAUGGUCGAGCCACUAGUUCCGCGCGAAAGAAAGUUCACGUCCGUCACAUCAUUUUCGGUUUCCUUUUCGGGGUUUGCGUGAUUUUAACGAUCGGGAUCGCAGCGUUCACGGGGCGGUGGUUGUACCGAAGAUGGUUUCUUUAUGGGUUUUUGGACGGAUGGAUAAUAAAGCGCGGUAUGGAAUGGCCGUGGCGCCUUAUAGCGUUUCAAAGACUUGGUUUCACUAGUGCGGAUAUCAUGGCGAGCAUCAAGGAGUCGAAUGUGAUUGGAAUGGGAGGAAGUGGGAUCGUUUACAAGGCCACGAUCCACCACCCGUCGCAUUCCGUGGUGGCCGUGAAGAAACUCUGGCGGUCCGAGCCGGAUAUCGAAAAUGGGGAUGACUUAUUUGUAGAAGUGAACCUUCUAGGGCGAUUGCGACAUCGAAACAUUGUUAGAUUAUUAGGCUAUCUCCAUAACGAAGCCGAUGUUAUGAUGGUUUACGAGUACAUGCCUAACGGGAACCUUGCCGAGGCGUUACACGGGAAGAAGUCGGGAAGAAUGUUGGUUGAUUGGGUCUCGAGGUAUAACGUCGCGCUAGGUAUCGCGCACGGUUUGGCUUACCUUCACCAUGACUGCCAUCCGCCAGUUAUUCAUCGUGACGUAAAAUCGAACAAUAUUCUUCUCGAUGCCGACUUCGAGGCGCGGAUUGCGGACUUCGGUUUGGCACGGACCAUGGUUCGGAAGAACGAGACCGUCUCAAUGGUGGCUGGGUCUUACGGAUAUAUAGCUCCAGAAUACGGUUACACAUUGAAGGUGGAUGAAAAAAGUGACAUAUACAGCUUUGGAGUGGUGCUUUUAGAGUUGUUAACAGGGAAACAACCGUUGGACCCGUCAUUUGGCAACUCUGUAGAUAUUGUUGAAUGGGUUCGGAAUCGAAUGAACAAAAGAGAAUUGGAAGGUAUAUUGGAUCUAGAAAUAGGAGGGGAAUGCAAAUAUGUGCAAGAAGAAAUGCUUUUGGUGCUAAGAAUUGCACUUUUAUGUACUAACAAGCUACCAAAAGAGAGACCUUCAAUGAGGGAUGUCAUCACAAUGCUUGGAGAGGCGAAACCACGAAGGAAAAGUGUGUGUGAUGAUAUUGGUGUCAAAGAGAAGCCCAUUUUCAAUAACUCGCCGGUUGUAGGACUUUUAUAAUAUGCGUUAUUUUUCGUCUAAGCAGGCUCCUUAACUGUUCUAUCUUCAGAUGAUCAAGAUAUAGGUAAAUAAUGCAUCGGUAGAAAUGAAUCUGGGUGGGUAUGUGUUCUGGUUUCAUUCUAAAGUUGAAAUCUUGUAAUUUUAGAAUUUCGAGUUAAGCAAUUGUUGUAUAUUUGUUACUAUGUACAAUAUCUGAAUCCCUUUUGUAGAUUUUGGGGGAAAUGUAAUUGUUGAAAGCAUAAAUAACCACUUAAAAUGGUUUUGAA